CAUGUAAUGUGAAGACACAUUUUUCCAGAAAGCAUACAUUUAGUUUUUUAUGUUAUGAAUAGAUAUCAGAAGCCAUAUGAAAUAGGAUUGUUUGUAAUAGGAUAAUGCAAUUAUAUUUGCAAUACUGAAUUGUCAACAUGUACAAACAUGCCUGCUUUUCUAUGUUAAUGAUCAUUUUUCUAAAUACUAUAGGAUUCCCAGCACCUGGAAUAUAACCCCUUUGCUUCAAGCAAGACGUGAGUUCAUAUUUUGAGUGAACAACUGCUGUGAGCGGGACAUAACCCUGAAGUUUCAAAGCAAGUCCUCAUUCCUUUGGUGUCUUUGCUGCUAAUAAAGAAUAUGUAUAACAUCUUUGUAUACGGAACCCUUAAGAAGGGACAGCCAAAUCAUCACGUCAUGACAGAUGCUAAUCUUGGAAACGCCAUUUAUAAAGGCACUGGGAAAACCAUAGAAAAAUAUCCUCUUGUGAUUGCACAGGAAGACAAUAUUCCAUUUUUGCUCAAUUUCCCAGGAAAAGGGCAUCAUAUUGCCGGAGAGAUCUAUUCUAUUGAUGGCAAGCUGCUGAAAUUCCUUGAUGAGUUUGAAAGUUGUCCAGACAUGUACCAACGCAAUUUUGAGAGGAUUGAAAUAGUGCAGUGGGAGGACGAUUCUGAUUCACCAGAAGACAGAGCAGAAGCUAACGGCAUCAUAGAGUGUUUUAUCUACAGCACCACAACAUACCAGCCAGAGUGGCUCAAUCUACCUUGCCAUGAAUCCUAUGAUUCUUUUGGGACUCAUGGCCUGGUCUACAGUAACCGAUGAAUUAUGAUGUAGAGUCUAUAAAAGGACUUAUGAGUAGAA